AUCCGGUUCGGAAGAAAGAAAGAGCGAGCUUGGAGCUUUGGUGGACGCGGGGCGUGAGAGGUGUUUAUCUCAGGUUCUCCGGUCCCGGUGGGCACCUCAGCUUCCGGCUGUGUCAAACUUUCCACUGAGAUGCAAGGCAUGGCAGAGCUGUUUCCCUAAUUUGUCUUUUACCAUUCUCUACUUGUACCAGGUACUUCCAGGCUCCACUCUGUCCCACCAGAUUCCCUUCUCUGAUCUGCCAGGCACUGAAGCUUUAGCAUCUGGGUCAGUUAUGUGAGCGGUGUAGUAAUGGAUGAAACUGUUGAUUGUGUGACGAUGGAUGCUGGAGAUUAUGCAAUAGCUAAUCACACUUCUGUAUUCAAGAAUCUUCCUCCACAACGGAAUGCUUUCUCAGGAGAUCAGCUUCUAUUGUCCGGCAAUAAGCUUUUAUCAAACAAAUUUGACAGUUUGGAAAGACCUUCUACUUGUCCAACUGGAAACGUUUCCUAUAGUUUCAAUUACUGUUCAGAACCUCCAUCGCCCGAGAGCUAUCAAGCAGCAAGUACAGUAAGAACAUUUGGAACAAGUGCCAAUGGACAGUGGAGGAAUUGUACUUCUAGCCUGGGUCCUGUUUUACAGAAACCUAGAGCCAGUCGUGGUGUGUAUUUUGAAAUGCGCAAGAGUCCAAGUGGGAUAUCAAAUUCCUUUGUAGGGAAAUCAAACCACCAUUGCCACAUAUCUGCCUAUGAAAAAUCAUUUCCAAUUAAGUCCAUUGCUAGUCCCUCAUGGAGUGUUCCAUGUCGUCGGAGUUUACUAAGUCCCAAGAAAUCCCAGAGAAGAUUCAUUAGUACUGCAGAAGAGACCGUUCGAGAAGAAGAGAAAGAGAUCUACAGGCAGCUAAUUCAAAUGGUUACUGGAAAAAAACUCUCAACCUCCAAGCCCUCUUCACUGUUUUCUCUCCACCUACCCAGGUGUGCAAGUUCCAGUAAAAACCUUGUGAAAGAAGCUGAAAAUAAGAAUAGAAAAACUUUUGAUACUUACAACCCCCCUCAAAAUAACCAAUCAUCUGGUGUUCUGAGGACCCAGGAGCAUCAGUUUCAUAAACCACUGCCACACCCAAUCCAUAGUUUUCCCAUACACUUUAAUCCCAAGGAGGCCAGUACACCAACUCAGCAAAAUAGUCUACCAGCACUGGAUGAAGCUGAAGGCUCUAAUUCUCUUAUAAUGCUCAAUGGCAAAGAUGCCAAAACCCCAGCUCUGAGCACACCUUUCUUUGAAGCUGAAUUGUGGAUCAAAGAAUUAACCAGUGUAUACGAUUCUCGUGCCCGUGAAAGAUUGCGAUACAUUGAAGAGCAGAAGGCUUUGGCAUUACAACUUCAGAACCAGAGAUUGCAGAAACAGGAGUUUUCAAUACCUGAUUCAGUUGACCUACAUCUGCGAGUACCACUUGAGAAGGAAAUUCCUGUCACAAUUGGUCCAAAAGGCAGUAAGACACCUGACAAUGAAGAGGAAUUCCCUGAAAUUACAGAGGAAAUGGAGAGGGAAAUAAAGAGUGUACUGCGCAGCGGAAACCAAGAUGAGGUGCUUAGUGAAGCCUUCCGGUUAACAAUAACUAGGAAGGACAUUCAGACCCUUAACCACCUCAAUUGGCUCAAUGAUGAGAUAAUUAAUUUCUACAUGAACAUGCUGAUGGAAAGAAGUAAACAGAAGGGCUUUCCAACUGUUCAUGCAUUUAACACAUUUUUCUUCACUAAGUUAAAAACGGCGAAGUAUCUAGCUGUGAAACGUUGGACUAAAAAAGUGGAUAUAUUUGCAGUGGACAUCCUGCUGGUGCCCAUUCACCUUGGAGUCCACUGGUGUCUAGCAGUGAUUGACUUCAGGAAAAAAACCAUAAUCUACUAUGAUUCCAUGGGUGGAAAUGAUAACGACGCUUGCAAGAUACUUUUGCAGUACCUAAAGCAGGAAAGCCUGGAUAAAAAGAAAAGGGAAUUUGAUACCAAUGGUUGGACGCUGCUAAGUAAAAAAAGCCAGGAGAUCCCUCAGCAGAUGAAUGGCAGUGACUGUGGGAUGUUUGCCUGUAAAUACGCUGACAGCAUUACCAAAGACAAACCAAUCAACUUCACCCAGCAACACAUGCCUUAUUUCCGAAAGCGGAUGGUCUGGGAGAUCCUCCAUCGCAAGCUGUUGUGAUUUCAUGCCAAAUGCAGGACCCUUUAGAAAAUGCACACCAGGCCUUUUGCCCUUCUCAGCCAUCUCCAGUAAGGACUGCAUGGGUUUUCCACUGAAGCUUACAAGACUGUACAAUACAUUUUCUGGCUUCAAACCAUGGAUUGGUGUGCUGUGGAACCCUUUCAAAAGCACACUUGCCAUUUUGUAUUUUGAAAGCCUAUUUUUUACAAGUGACUUUCAGAGACAGGAAUUUUCAUCUUCAAGAAAUUUUCUCUUUUUUUUCAGUCUGUCUGCCCUUUUCAAAAUAACUGACAUGUGCAAGCAAUUUGAGACCUUCAGCAGCAGGGUAUGGAACAAAAGCAUUUGAAUUGUUGCACUGUAUAUGCCAUAGCCUGGAGGAAAAAAAAAUAACUUCACAGUAAACUCAGUGCUGCAUGCUAUAAUGGCUGCAGAUGGUCUGCUGCAACAAAUGCAUCAACUCUGGAAAUAAAACAUGCAUGUAUACAUGUCUGGAGAAAGCUGAUAGACUCAGGUUUGCCAGAUCUGUCUGCGUAUUUCUACAACUUGCUGCAGGUACCACAGAUGUUUCCCACAGCACUCAUGUUUCAUUGUCCUUUAUUCUUAAAUUAUUACUGGAAAUGGAAUUGCUUGAGAAUGGAACUUCAAAUAGACACCAGCACAUACAAAGCAGUUUGCUACCAUAGUAUUGAUCUUGUCUUCAGGUCUGUAGUAAAGAAUGGUAAAUGGAAGAUGAACCAACUACUUUUCAUUGAUGGUCAGGUAGAAGACUCCUUUCACUCAAAAUCCACUGUCUUACACUGACUACUUCGUUAAUUCUAACUAAACUUCUAGGGCCAUCCAUUUAUCCAUUAGAACAUUGGUACAAAACAUGUAGCACUCUAGAUGUUGUGCUGCAGCUCUCAUCAGCACAAGCCAGUAAAGCCAAUGUGGACAAUGAGAGUUGCAGUCCAACAGAAUCUGCAGGGCAACCUGCUUCCCAUCCUUGCAUUAGACAGUUGAGACAUUGGUUGACAGAAGCAUCUUGGCCCUUCUUGGUCCCUCCUCCACAACAGUCUCUUGUAGGCAGACUGUGUGGAUGGAGUCAGAUACAGAGAGGAACAGUAGAGCGGCAGACUGCAAGGUAUUUCUGAGGGUCAGCUCAUUGUUCUGACAUGCCUGGGGACAGGCCCUAUUGAAGCCAGCAUCUUUCCCUUGGCCCAUUAACAGAAUCUGAGGAAAUCCAGGCAAGAGGAAGCUCUCACUUUGCACCCUUGAUACAUGAUAGGAUUUGUAAGCAAACUAAGCAGCUAUAAGUUGAUUGGAUAUUUAUCAGAAGAUGGAGCAGUUAUUGAUCAUUGAGUUAUUUGUAGAAUUUAGGUACAAUAUUACUACUUUAAUGCUUUUUUAAUUAUUGGUAAACUGUUUUUAUAUCAUAUAUAUAAAAAUAUAAAUAUAUAUAUAUAUUUAUAAGCCUUUCCCAAUGAUGCAGCAGUGAACAAGUGUCUGUUAGGUUUUUCAGCUCUUCUCCUGUGUUCUAUCUCUUACAUAUGAAUUGGAAUCCUGGCUUCCACCUUUUCCCUCAAGUUUCCCAUUUCAGUUCAUUCGUAACAGAAUGAAGGGCUUCCUUAAUAGAUAUUCUGUCCUCCCGAAACUCUGCUUUUUAUGCAGGUGGUGUUGGUGAUGCAAAAUGGUAUGCAGAACAGUCUUCCCCAACAUGAUAUCUUCCAAAUUUUUUGGCUGAAACUCCCAUUAGCCCCAGCCAGCAUGACCAAUGGUCAAAGAUUAUGUGAGUCAGCAUCCAAGACACCUACAUGAUGCCAAGUUGAGGAAGGCUGAUAAUUGGAGUCUGCUCAGUUUCUAAGAUGGGUUGCCAGCAGCAGCCACAGCUUUCCACUUACAAGUAGGCAGAUAUUUUACAGAGACAGGAUGCAACAAGUCACACUGACUAGUCCAGGUUUUAAUUCAACAUGAGAAGGUCUCUGCUCUCAGGCCACACAGAAAAUCUCUGUUGCUGUUGUUCCAUGCUUACAGUCCGCUGUGUAUGAUUUCUGUACAACUCAUUUACUUUAGUGGGAGCUCACAGCAAGCUCCACUUAUAAAUGGACACUGUGCAGACUCUUUGUUUGAUAUGUGUACCUGCUGUCAUCCCACAAAAGUGGGGUGUGAUUGGAAGUGAGGUGUAAAAGAUGGUUGACUGCUUACCAAGUUCACAUGCUAGGCAUACCUCUUGAUGUACCUUUUUUAAUUCUAAGGAAAAAAAUGUCCUUCUGUAUUUUUUGCCAUCAAAUAGGGAACAUUUUAUAUAUUCUGGACCUGUAAACAAUAGUUUUGUACAAAUUUCCCAUUGCCCUUUCCUGAGUCAUGUGAUUCCUAGAGAAGUUUGUACCUUUUUUGAUCUGUCUGUAUGUGUUUUUAUACUAGUCUCUUUGGUCAUAUUUUUUCUAUGUUUUUGCUGCAAGUAAUGAUUUGAAAACCUAAAAGUUUUUUUUUGUAAUGUGUUAUUCUUAAAUAAACCCAGCUGUUUUAAGAUAAGAAUAAACUCUAAGCCUGA